UGUAUCACUCAACCUGCAGUGUAUCCCCCAGUCAGCAGUGUAUCCCCCAGCCAGCAGUGUAUCCCACAGCCAGUAGUGUAUCCCCCAGCCAGCAGUGUAUCCCCCAGCCAGCAGUGUAUCCCCCAGCCAGCAGUGUAUCACUUAACCUGCAGUGUAUCCCCCAGCCAAUAGUGUAUCCCCCAGCCAGUAGUUUAUCACUCAACCAGCAGUGUAUCCCCCAGCCAGCAGUACUCAUUAGAUAUAUUGGAGAGUUAUUACUCAGAAAAAUCACAACCAUGGGAGAUAAUUCAAACCAAACAUCAAAGGCAAGCAGCCUUAACUCCGAGGAUUCAUUUGGCAGUGCGGUUCCUGUUCUUGUUUCCGACGAAGAUACGGAACUUAUCCUACUUGUGAUAUCAUGUAUUAUCAGAGGAACUGUGACCAUCUUCGGUAUUAUCUUCAACAUCAUCAACGCGAUGGUGUUCACCAAACUGGGACUGCAGGAGACAUCCAACGUUUUAUUCCUCGCUAUCGCCGUUGCUGAUUUGGGAGCUCUCCUGACUCUUUUGCUGGGCAGUGUCUGCCAAAACCCGCCCAUGUUUGAGGUGUUUCAAAACGUAGAUAUGGCCGAGAUUUUAUUCCUGGCGUCUGCAUGGCCUCAUUAUUAUUUCACUCUAGUUUCUGCGAUUCUCACCUGCCAAAUCACAAUUGAGAGAUAUUUAUGCAUCGCUUUUCCUUUAGCGGUUCGUCGUCUGAUACGCACCAGUCGAGCAGUCAUAUCAAUUGUUGCCGUUUACACCACCACCUUAUCUUUUGUUUUACCUGUGUUCACGUCCAUCCAACUGGGGCUCGAAUUCAGCUUGACCAAAAACUCCACAAUAUUUGGCCUUAUUCUGUCGCCAGACAUGGUCAGUACAAUCCAGAUGACGAAUCUGUUCAACAACGUUAUCCACAUCACUGCUUUCUUCAUCGUAUCCCUGACAACGACCUUAACAGUACACAAAUUAGUCGCCAUGUCAAAAUGGCGGAACGCAAAUGCAUUGUCUGUAAAUAGCAUCAGUUCCCGGGAUAAGAAAAUUUCUCGGAUGGUUAUUUCCAAUGCCAUAAGUUUUAUCGUCUGUUUGAUCCCCGUGUCGGC